GACCUAUUUGAACAACUCGAUCGGAUCAACCACACUAAACACGUACUCUAAAAUAAUAUUAUCCGCUAGCUCUUCCCGAUGAACGUUCAGAAAGGGUAUUACCACGUUUCUACGACGAAACUCGGGAGAAAUGUUCCAACGAAGACCACAAAUGACAAUUUUUCCCCAUCGAUGAGUAGUGCGUUUGCAAAGUGCUCGCUAACUUCGAGUGCUCCUCGCGCGGCUUACACAAAGUCAUCUGUACAACCGAAAAUUAUGUCCCCGGUAACUAAUCAUUCGUUUCGCGAUCAAAGGAGAAACUAUGUGAGUGCAUUGUCUAUUAUCCCGAAAGAAAAGAUUCCCAAGAUUGUGGUAUUACCAAGCAUCGAUAAAGAUAUUGCUGUAGCGUCGGCGAAGCCGGUAUCAGCUAGAGUUCCUGCUGUCACAACUGCUCCGGGAAAAAAAAGGAACCAGACGCCGAAAAGUGAAAAAGGAAGCCAGUCGCAAGCCAGAUACAUUUCAUGUCUUCACACUUCAUUGAGCACUGAAUGGAGGAGAGCGAAUAGCUUGGACAGGGAGAAUUCUGAGGACAAGGAAAAGCAACCGCGGAGAACUUCUUCGCUGGAAAUUAAAUUCAGCUAUUUUGGCAAGAAUACUUCCCAAUGCACGCCGACAACCAGAAGUUCGUCGGAUGAAAUACGUGACGAAGGAAAAAACACUUCACUGAUAGGAAAUCAACCCCGUGGAGAAAAUAAAAGCGCUAACUUGUUUAAUCGAAACAUGGUGAAGGAAGUUACCGGAAUGGAAAAAAACAAUGUACGAAUUCAGUAUACUCCGUUGAGGAAGAGUUUUACGAUUAAAAAUGUAGUUACAGACGGGAACAGACGCGGAACAUCUGCAAACGUGGUUCUUUCAACUCGCUGUCAAGACUAUGAACAACAACGUACUCGAACAAGGAUGCUGCCAAAAAGCCGUUUUCGAGUAAAAAUUCAGAAAUGUCGCCACAAAAGCGUCAAUAUUUCAGAUUCUUUUAACGUCGUUCGAGAUAAAAGAGCGAAACCUCUAGAAAAAGCGAGUCGAAGCGUGAUCAUUCAGGAUAAAAGUCCACAGAGAUCAUUUUCUAUCCAAAAGUCUAAGGCUUUUUAGCGUUCAGUAAACGUAGCAACUAUCAUGAGGGCAAAUGUUUACGGUAACGCAAAUAAAAUAUUUUCGACGACGUAAAACUGCGUUGAAGUACUUUCCAAGGUAUUUUAUUUCGCUAAAACUAACCUAAAGUAACUGAAAUCGCAUAUUCGCAAACCAUUAUUGAUUUGAGGAUUUACCAUGUCAAAGCAAAAUUUACAUGAUGACUUGACAAUCAACUGAAUGGUGUGUUUGCAGAAAUACAGUUCGUUCCGAAUUAAUAUGACAAACUGCGAUCGAAAGAAAUGUUUUUAUCAAUUUGCCAUCUAGAUAUUAGAUUCAGUACUACCUCAAAAAAACUAUUCUCUUACAAAAAACUUCGGCUUAUCAAAGCUGCUGAUAACAUCGAUAAAUGCUUCAAAGCUUACAGCUUUUAUCAUUGUUCUGGUACGGACUUCAUGGUUUUUCGCGAUUGGAACCAUUCGGCAAUGUUUCUUUUUAACAGCACUCUGGUAUUGUUUUUGUUUUUCGUUCAUAUUAUCACUCCAAAACGAGUGCAUUAGGCAUUCCAUUUUAUUUUAAUCAGGACCCUAUUAUGUGCAGCAGACAUCAAUUUAAGAUUAAACUAAACUGUUCACUUUUAGUCCAAAAUCGAUAUCAGGAAACAAUUCUAUUUAAACGAGGCAGUUAUGUUUAAUUUGUAAAGUAUGUUGACGGGGUAUUUCCAUAACUUAAAGACCUAGAUUGUUUUUCGUCUGCAUAAAUAUACCGUAGUUGGCAUAUUACAUCAGAUGUUCGCCAUGACAUGUAGCAAAAAUAUUUUUAAAAGAAAUGGCUGCGGUAAAUCGACUGAGAGAUAGAUAAAACUCGCUUGUUCGAAUUGAAAAUUUGUAGCUCUAGGUUAUAAAAAUUUUAAUGGUACAACAUCGUAAUUGGUGAUGUUAGCUCAGUGGAAGAAGCACUAAAUACAAUUGUUCCCCAAUGAUGAACCUCCAUCACUAAGCGUGUAGGCGCGUAAAGAAGUUUUCCUUCACUACGGAACAAAAAAACAAGCUGUGUCAAUUUUGUUGCUUCCCAAAUGACAA